AAUUUGUAAACUUGUAAGUUGUUGCAAGUCAACCUAGGUAAAAUUCAAUUUCUAGCGAGUAAAUGCAGUGCUUGAAAAGACUUGACCUUACGCAAUAUAACUUUUUUGCUUGAUAAAAUUGUUGCUGAGAAAUAACUCUUUUUUGUCCUAGAGAGGACAUUAUAGCGUCUUUUGUAGCAUAAUCUAGAUUGAAAAAGUUAUUCACCGACUUUAAAAAUUGCGCAUUUGAAGUCAUUGUUAUCAAGUAAGUAUUAUUUUAUCAUAAAAAUAUAGUUAGUGAAGAAGUUCUCUUAAUCUAAAAGCUAUACACUAGGUCAACGUUUAUCGUUUUCAAACAAUCCUCUUUGAGUAAAAAUUCUGUUGGGAUCAGAGGCGUUGCUCCUGGCAACUAUGUCAAGAGUGAUUUUUAUUUGAGGUUAUUUACCAUCCAAGAGAAUCCAAAUGGAAGUAGUCUUCUCAAAAAAGUUGAAAACUCUAAAGUUAUGGCUUUGCUUGGUUGCUAUCUAUGCCCUUUAUUUUGAGCAUGUCAGCAGAGAAGCGUUCUUGGCAAAAAGUAAAUACACCGUGAAAAUGUUGCAAAAUAUCGAGGAGUUCAAGCAGGAUUGGUGCCGAAUUCGUCAAGCGAGGAUAGGUUUACACUCUUUGUUAAAGCCUUGUAAUUAUAACAUUUCGUGGAAUGAAGACUCGCCGAAUCGCCUUCUUCAAACGGAUGCUAGCCAAAGUUUUAUUUCAUUUUUUGACGUUCGACCCGCCGGUCAAUUUAGUCGUUUCAGUAUUCAAACCAAAACUCGAAAUGGCAAACUUAAGCUUGCUGGGGGCGAUUCGUGGCGUGUCCUAUUACGCGGAUCUGCCACAGUGUCGCCCGCCGUUUUUGAUCACGGUAAUGGUACAUACGAGUUUUUGUUUCUUGUUAUGGAUCCGGGGGUCUAUAAGUUGGAUAUCACCCUGGAUUACAGCUUGUGUGAUGGAUACCGAGAUCCUCCUGACGAUUGGUUCAUCGUAGGUAAGUAAUGAUUGUAACGAAGUGUUUUAGUUAACACAAUAUGUUGACUGAUUAAAUGCUGAAAAAUUUUGAAACAUACACACGGUUGCAAAGUAGUGUCGAUCCAAUCUUUUAGGUCAGCGUAUACGUUGUGCACAUUUUGAAUAUGGCCUGGUAAAAUCGUGCUUUUUUAAAGAGUUGUCUUAAAUAAAAUUAAAAUCUCAGGGAUAAUGAAACAAACAGUUGAAAUGAAUCAUAACAUAGUCAAGAAUCCCACCUGGGAGGAGGCGAAGGCGGGUUAUUUUACAAGCGUGGCAGAGGAUGUGAACUCGGGAUUACCGAGAACAAAUCUAUCAAGCGGUCAGGGUGGGACUUGAACUUACAAGUCCAGCGCUCUAACCGCUCGGCCACGCGUCCUGCGUCCACUGUGUCUUCUUUUGCGGGACUUUUGACGGUAAGGAAGUUAGCCUUAUCGAUGGCAUAUAGAAUUUCAAGGUGAAAAUAGGGAAGUCCACAUUUUUAGGGUGAAAUGCUCAGUGCAUGAUAAGCUCAAUGUGAGGAGACUUUCGAUUAUCUCCAUUUCAGUACACCUUGCACAAAUCUCCGUUUACUGAACUAAAAAUCAUGAAUUGCGCCUUAACAAUCUAAUUGUGUUAUCCAGAGAUUAUUGAACUAGUAGUAGAUAUUGAGUAUCCCAGUGCACGAAGAAAAUCAAACAAGAGAUGCUGUCUUUUAUGAUUGGUAACCUGAACAUAAAACCUGUUUUUCUUACUGCCAGGGAAUUCUCAUGGUAAAUUACAAAGAAAUGGCUUUCUUGGCGUGAAUCGUGCUAGGGAUGACUACCUCCUUCAACCAUUCCAGAAAGGGAAACUGAUUAUGAUCAAUAUACCGAUGCCUACAAAUGAAGGUGAUACUCCUUUUUGAUAUUUGACUUUAAGUUACCACUCAGUCAGCUACCUCUUAACGGACACCUCUAUAAGAUAAGUUGACUCUCGGUAAGACGAACAUCUCUUUAGUGACGGUCCUAAAGGUGUCCUUAUUAGAAAGAGUUGACCGUAGAUAAUAUUAACAAUGGCUUGUACUCCUGACCAGUGUGUAGUGUGAUCUGCAAAAGAAUCAAACCUCCCUUUCAUUUACUGCUUUAAUCGAACUUCACCCGCGUGCUAGAAUCGAAGAUCACUCCUACCGAACGCAUUUCAAGAAUGCUAGUUCUCGUACCCUACUCGCUUUUCCUCCCUCGUUUAUAAUUUGCUUGUUUGUCUCAGUUAUAGCUGAAAUCGUAAUUCUCGCGUUGGAGUCUUAUCUAACUUUCCACAGACUCUCUUUCAUGCUUCCCUGUACUGUGCUCGUUCUUCAUGCAUUCUUAAAUUGUAACUCGUCGUAGCUGUCUCAUGUCUCAUUCGUAGUUGACCCGUACCUUACUUGUAGCACGCGGUUACUUUGUAGCUGCCUGGCCUUAUUUGCAGUUGACUCGAGACCUGCUCCUAGCUCACUCUUACAUUAUUUAACUCCUUUCAGUUUUUUCCUUACUCGUAGCACUUUCAUAGCGCACUCAUACGUCUCCUUAACCUAUGGUAGUUUUCCAAGAAAUAACUUACAGCUUACUCGAAUCUUGAACACCAUAACUCACUCGCAUCUCAAUCAUAAAUAACAGUGAGGCCGGUGCUUAAGCCGGCAACGACGACGAUGACGUCAACGAGAACGGCAAAAAAAUGAACAAUAGGUUGAGAAGGUUGAGAUUGGCACUGAACAACAACUUUGCACGUGCAUCACGCUCUUGUGUAUAUUUCUUUCUGUCACUGCACGAUUACGACGUGAAACUUCCUAAUUUCACGACGUUUUUGUGAACUUAGAUACAGUACUUUAGAAUUCAACUCCUAAAAAAUCGCCAACAUUUGGCAAAUUAAAGGAGUUGGAAUAAGAGCGAUGAAGUUUGAAACAGCGCGAAUUCACUUCCUGGGUGACGUUUUUUGCUGCCGUUGCCGUCGUCCUUGCUUAAGCUCCCUAAUAACUCGUAUAUGUCACUGGUGUUUCAAGCAUACCCUUUUUUUAGUCAUUAGUAUAGGUAAUAGCAUGACUUGUAGUGAUAUUUGGCAUAAAUACCACGCGUGAUAUUUCAAAAUUGUUAUACGGUAGGUAAUUUCACGAGCCUAUAAGCGAGUGAAAUUUGAGACAAUUUUGAAAUUUCACUCGUGGUAUUUAUGCCAAAUAUCACGUACAAAUCAUGCUAUUAUUUGUUUAUACUACUACCCACAAAAGGUUUAAUUUUCAAAUGUAAGUAUUUCAAAUUCAGCUCAACAAAACCACUGCUCUAAGCCAAUCAAAUUGGAGAAAUUUCUCAUGUAGUAGUAGAAAACAAGCAAUAUAUACAUGUAGUAUUGAUUUCAAACUGUUGACAGCGUGUUCUAUCCAUUUCCAUAGGAACGUAUUUAAUGAACAGGCUAUUGGAAAGUUUAGAUCCUUUAUCCAGUUUUGACUUGCCCUGCAAUAUCAAGUGCAACUUCAUGUGGGAUGGCUUCGGUCGUUGGUUGGGAAGUAAUUGGAAAUCUUUUCUCAGACGUAAGCUUAAUUAUAGUUGUAUGGUUUGUUCAAAAGUGCUAUCUUUUUUUUUUCAUUUUCCCUGAACAACCGCUGAGGAUUAAUAAUCGUAAUAAGUAUGUAUUCAUGUGUUAUUAUUAUUAUCGAAAUACCCCGUAUUCACAAAUGGCGGACACGCGGGAAAAAACUGGUGCCUAGUCAUGAAAGCGAGGCGUUGGAGGAUAAACAAAAAUUGCAAAUGAAGACUUUCAGUGAACUUGCAGAGUGUUUAGCACGGAUUCCACCUAAAAUAACUUUGUAUGGACGUCUUUUUAAAUACAAUUACGUGGGACGUCUUCUUCUUUUAAUGUUUAGUACAGCUUUGCUGUUUGCAAUCAAAAGGGACGCGUAUAUCUUCAAGGAAACAGGAUGAUUUUGUAAGUUUCCGAAGCUUCAGAGGCUCGACAAGUGGGCGAUGGCUGGAGAAAAGCGGCAAACAUGUUGGCCCAAACUUCACACUGAAAGCGAAUACGAAAGCCAGCUCACUGCAAUGCUGUAAAACAGAAAUAAAAGCAGAUAUUGGUGGCAAGAAAAAAAGAAAUAAGCGACGGAUAUAUGGCCUACUUGUCAACGGAAGAGACUUCGCCAUGAUUUACACAAAACUGGUCGAGAGCGGGUGAAAGAUUCAUUCAUGUCAAUCUCAUUUUAUACAUAUCUAUGUAUAUAUGUGUGUCUGUAUUUACAACUUUCUUUGGAUGAUAUUGAUCUAGUCCGUCGCUUUGGAGUGAAUUGUUAGAGGUACGUUGGCAGAGCUUAGCAAAAAUCUUUUGAUUUCUUUGUCAUUGCGAAAUAAAAUAAUUUUAUCAAAACAGAACUGUAGUGUGUGAAUCUUAGAGCUUGCUAUUUGCCUGGUCUCCUGUAGGGCAUUAUCUCGGAGAGCUCUUGGUAAAAAAGUGGUAUAAAGCUCACAUUUUACUAGGUUAAACUUUUUAAGGCAAUGUUUUUGUCAGGACUGAACACGGCAACGAAUCAUUAAAUUCGAGUCUGGAUCCCUUUAAGAAGACCAUCAUUUAAUUUUAUUUAUUUAUGUAUUCUUCACUUUCAAAAUAUUAUGGAACAUAAAGUUAAAACUCUUAAAAGCCAAAGAUAAGAAAUACGAAAAUUACUCGCUGAAAUGAUAUAUGAUGUGGCCUGCUUACCGAGUCUGCCGAGUAACAAGUUGAAAUUUUGUGCGUACUCCACUCGAUCGCUCCUGCAUUUAUAUUUAAAAAAAUAGUUUUAAUUGAUGUUCUUCAUCGAUAAAGACCAGAGAAUAACGUCCUUGCAAACAAAAACCAAUUUGCAAACAUAACUUCAUCGAAACCUUAGUCUCUGCUUCUUUCCUGUCUUCUUUUUUUUCCAUCGCGACUUGAACUGUUUUGUUCAAUGGCAGACGUCUCUUGCGUUAACAAGUAGGCCAUGUAUCCGUCGCUUAUUUCUUUUUUUCUUGCCACCCAGGUUUGUUUAUAUUUCUGUUUUACCAAACUGUAGUGAGCUGGCUUUCGUACUCGAUUUCAAUGUGAAGUUUGGGCCAACAUGUUUGCCGCUUUUCUCCAGCCAUCGCCCACUUGUCGAGCUUCUGAUGUUUCGGAAACUUACAAAAUCAUCCUGUUUCCUUGGAGAUAUACGCGUCCCUUUUGAUUGCAAACAGCAAAUCGGUGCUAAACAUUAAAAGCAAAAGACAUCCCACGUAAUUGUAUUUAAAAAGAAGUCCGUACAAGGUUAUUUUAGGUGGAAUCCGUGCUAAACACUCUGCAAGUUCACUGAAAGUCUUCGUUUGCAAUUUUUGUUUAUCCUCCAACGCCUCGCUUUCAUGACUAGGCACCAGUUUUUUCCCGCGUGUCCGCCAUUUGUGAAUACGGUGUAUGCUUUAGCACUGGUGGAUGUUGUAUCGACGUUACACCAAGAGAGCGAGCCAUGGCCAAUGGCCAAAGGUCCCUUUGGUUAGUUCUCCUCCCUUCAACUUUUCAGUACCUCCCUUAAAAUCUUUUCUCAGUUCCCAACAAAGCUGUUUUCUGCUGCAAACCCGUGUUAAUGGUAAUCCCCAGCUCGUCAAGCCAUGUAUCCAAUCUUUUGCUUACUGCACCGAGUGCACCAACCACUACCAGUACCACCUUCACACGUCUAAUACUCCAUAAUUUUCUAAUCUCCUUCUUCAGAUCUUGGUAUUUCUCAACCUUUUCACUCUGCUUUUCAUAAACUCUGUGAUCCCUUGGUGAAGCAAUAUCCACAAUAAUUGCCUUGUUACUCUCUUUCUCAACAUCAAUAAUGUCAUGUCUUCAGGCAUUAUCAUCAUCAUCAUCAUCAUCAUCAUCAUUAUUAUUAUUAUUAUUAUUAUUAUUAUUAUUACCUUCGGUAGGUUAGUAUUUGAUUCACUUCAAUAAGAUGGACCUACAACUUCUUUGCAGAGCUGCCAACUUCAGUGACCAGAGGUACACUUAUGAAUGUUUCCAAGCUAGAAGCCUUGUGGAUUUUUGGCGACUCGAACGCUGAAAGAAUGCAUGUGUCGAUAAAAGAUUCACUGCUAUGCACAAAGGUCUUCAAGUCUUGUAAUUUGAGCAAAAUGUGGGUCUACCCAUGGCCAAGUGUUCAGCCAGUGGCCUGGGAUAACAAAGACUUUGAACCCCAACAAAUCCUUGAUCAUAUACGAGGAGUCCUGGAACGGCCAGAAAUGAAUAGUAAAAAGAGCGCCAUGAUCUUAAAUUUAGGACUUCACUACAUCGAGAGUACAAGCUUCACCAAUUAUAAGAUCCUUCUAACUGGAGUUUUAAAUCUUCUGAACGAGAGAAACGCAGAGACUGGAGAGAUGAAGUACAAGACUCGCGUGAUUUGGAAGACUACCACAUCGAUGAACAAAGAGAAAGACAUAGGAAGCCGGCUGAAGGCUGACUGGCAAAGAUUUCUUAAUUUACCGGUAAGUAACCUCGCAGUCCCUGGGGUAUAUACUGGGGCAGGUGGUGACGCUUGACAAAGAGUUAUGGAAUUGGGUAUACUACAUUGGCGGAUUUGGGUUUACUGUUAGCUUCGUACGAUAUUUCAUCCUUACUGCUGUGAAGACCUCUCAUUGGCUGGCUUAAUACAGUGAAACCUCUUGGGAAAAUGGAAACUAGUUUGACUUAUCCGUAGGUUCCCAAACUUUACUGGUGAAGGGAAAUCAAUUUGGGUUCGAAUUAUUGGUAGGAUCAUUUCGACCGAGGUAGUGUCCAGAAGUGGGGAUUCUCAGAGCCGUAGCUAGCGGCAGCUGCCCCCCCUGGACCUGUUGAGCCAGACAAAUCAAGUCUGUGGAUGGAUUUGCUUUCUUUAGACUCAGUUAUUUUGAUUGUAGUGACUUGCAAUUGUUUUCCAUUUUCAUAUUCGAGGUCGAUUUUUCGGAGACAUAUCUCAUGACAAGUGCUCAAAAAGCGUUUCGGAGCCUCCAAAUUUGAAACUUUCCUGGGAGAGGAUACUCCCAGACCCCCCUACAAGGCUCGUACCUUCGGCACUGGCGAUAAUGCCCCCCGCCCCCGUUACAAAAAAACCCAACUACGGCCCUGGGAUUAUACUAUAUUGGUUCAUAAAACAUUGUCUCUUUAGUUUGACUCCGUAAAACGCUGUUAAAAGAAGGUCCUUUGUUUUUUCUGCUAGCCUCUUUGCUACUUCUAAUCGGAUUGAAUGACCAGAAAACAAGCCAUAAACUUUUAAUACCCGAGAGGUACAACCUCUCAUGUCUGAUGCAGUCAUAUUUGUUUCUUUUCAGCGAGUGCGUCUAUAUAAUACUUUCGCAACGUCCCUUAUGUGCCAGGCUGGUCUAGAGGUCCUUGAUGUGUAUCCACUUACGAGAUCCUUCCCAGGAGGUACCGGGGGUCCUGACGUUGCUCAUUAUAAGGAGCACGACACAGUACAUUUUAAAUACUAUGUUAUGAAACCGGUUCACCUAUUUUUAGAAGAUUAUUUUACAGAAAAAGUCCCUUCUCCUAUAAACCUUGAAAAUUACCACUUUUCUUAAUUUGUCUAUUUUCAUUGGUAAAGUGUAAAUAAAAGCACACCUUGUUCAAUGAAAGUAAGUUUCAGUUAAUGUUGCAAAACGCUGGUGAGGUUCUGUCGAGGCUGAGAGAUUUUGUGUUCAUGUAAGCUUAAACACUUUGUCCUCAAUGAUAUUGUUCGCGUUUUGACGGCGCUCUCCAUGCUUCAUUAAAGAAAGGCAAGCCUUCCCUCUCCCCUCAAACAAUGCUGGGUCAUCUGGAGGAAACACAACAAAGACAAUGAUGUUUGUAGAGUGGGAAGAGGGGUCCAUAUUAUUUUUUUUGAAGAACCAUACUCCAUUUGACAACAAUUCUGUGGCCGACGGUAAUUGUUUUCAUCUGUGGUGUAGACCAUACUUGGUGGCAAACUGCGACCUCUUUAAAAUACGAACGUUUCCAUGGUCACCAAGUAAAGUUGAAUUAGGUACAUUUUACCUCUUCACACUCAAAGUAGGUUCCAAGUACACUUACAUUAUACUUGAAGCUCUAGUGUGAAGCCAACAAUCAUCCUUUCAGUUCAAUUUCCCAUUGUGAGUCACCAUCACAUGGGUAACACUUGCCAAAUCACACCAGUUAAAGGGGCUAUGUCACGCUAUUUGCUGUCUUUUAAAAAACUAAAACUUGCCUUAGCUUUAAUUGAAAUUGAAUUUCAAAAAUAACGGUUCAGUUUUGUUAUUUAAGGCUAUAUUUAGGCAUUGAAUUUGUUUCCUGUCAUCUGUUGCAACGGAUGGCAAGGAUGGACAUGGAUUGAAAAUUGAAAACGUUUGGCCAACUUUUUCAAGAUUUAACGCUACGCCUCCAAAAAUCACCAGUAUAAAAAUUAUUGUGAUUAGUACUCCCUAAUAACUGUGACUUGUCCUUUUUUAACCAUCAGCAGAGAAAUGAAGUGUUUUUUUCAAACUGCGAUCUGAGAUCCAGUGGAAUAACAUGCUUAUAACUGAGAGAACUCGGCUUAAAUUGUUUAAGGGAUACUUGUGAAAACCUCCUAAUAUGUCACUGAUAACAGGGGUGAAAACGCACCAGAACCAUUCAUUCACUUGUCAGUUGUGGUAUAAAGAAAUGAUUAUAAUACAGCAAUAACCUGAGUAAGUUGUCGUUACAAAAACCUUCUUGCCACUACCGUCUCUUUUCUUUGACCUAUGUAACAAUCUUGAGCUCAGUCUAUGCUUCUCAUGACUAGCAAUUUUUAGUGAAAUCCAACUAGUGGUCUAUUAUAAAGCACACUAGUAGCAAAAAGCGCCGGCUUUGAAAACCAAAACAAUGGCGGCUAAAUCGCGUUUUGCUACCCAAAAUUGUUUUGUCUCGAUAUUUUGUUUUACUAAAACAAUUAUACCUCUCGCCCUCUUGGUCUAUUGACUCAGAGCCCAUUCGGGCUCGAGGAAUAAUUGUGAAAAAUUACAAUGGUGAGCGAAAAAAAAAUGUUUAAAAAGAGGUUUGAUGACAACAAAGAACUCGAAAAUUAGAAAAAAAUAUAGGACCCUCGUCACGUAAUAACAUGCCGAGUAAAUGGGUGGAGUUGCUGUGGUGAUGGACUCUUAUCGAUUGACCCAUAUUCGCGAACCUAAUGAGAGAUAACUGCCGCAAAUGAUUCAAAUCUGGCUCCAAAAGUGGAAGUUGUUUUUAAAGCUAUGGUUUUCAACAGUGGCAGUUCAUUUAGUUUAUUAUCAAUAUGUCAACAACGACGCAAACUCGCAAAAACAUGGGCAUCAGAUGACAAUUUCUCAGGAUAUUGUUGCCUUCCAGCAAAAUUGGUGUCGCAUGCAACGUGCUAGAAUUGACUUGAAUUCGUUGUUAAAACCCUGCAAUUAUAACAUUUCAUGGAAUGGAGAAUCACCGAAUCGUUUGCUACAAACAGACGCUAGCCAGAGCUUUAUUUCAUUAUUUGAUAUCAGACCCGCCGGUCAAUUUAGCCGUUUUAGUAUUCAGACUAAAACUCAAAAUGGCGAACUGAAGCUUAUUGGCGGCGACUCGUGGCGUGUUCUAUUACGCGGACCCGCCACCGUGUCACCCACCGUGUUUGAUCACGGCAAUGGUACAUACGAGUUUCUGGUUUUGAUUAUGGACCCAGGUGUCUAUAAAUUGGAUAUCACCCUGGAUUAUAGCUUGUGUGAUGGAUACCGGGAUCCACCGAAAAAUUGGUUCAUUGUAGGUGAGCAGUUGAGUAAUCGAUACGGGAGAUUGAGGAUAAGAAAAAACCUAAAAAAAAUUUGUUAUAGAGAAAGAUUAUUUAUAGUAUGCAUAGCUACACUAAUGUUGACAAACAUCAUAUAUCGUAACAAAGUAACUAAAUGGGGUGAGCGAAUCAGUCCAUGAAGUGAAUUAAAGCGUUGAGUUACAUGGCAUUUGCCCAGUUAACUGCGUAAGAGUCGAAUUGUUUUGCAAAAACCUGAAUUCCAUUUUGCCCUUAAUGUGGUAGAAAUAACGUUCCGAAAACGUGAUCUAAUUUACCCAUGCUGUAGGUAUUUUUUUGUGUGGCUUCUGGCCUUAAAAUCAUUCAACGCAUCUUAGUUUACUUGAAUAUCCAGCCAAUUCAUCUGUUCAGCACUUGCCUCACCUUAGCAUCACUGAGUCGUAUGUUUUGUCCCGUCUGCUACAACUUUUGUACAUCCCCGCCGGCACGUAUUUUUGAAUCAUGGAGAUCAUGUCGUUUUUAACAGGGAAUUCUCAAGGAAAAAUGCAAAAAGAUGGGACUCUUGGUCAAAAUCGGGCAAAAAAUGAUUACCUUCUUCAACCCUACCAGAAAGGAAAAUUGAUUAUAAUCAAUAUACCGAUGCCUACGAAUGGAGGUAAGACAGAGAACUGGUAGAAACGAAUAUCAAUUUUUUGGGGUGGUUUUCAGUUGGUUAUAUUGAAUUGAAGUUUCAAAUUGUGAGACUUCUUAUUGCCCAAUUUGACAGAUGAAAAUGGAACUGUGGUACGUUUUAGUGGAUGUUAAGCAUCACCAUCUUGAUCGUCAGCUUUCAUCACUAUCGCCAAGAUGAUCAUCAUCAUCAUCACCCGACCACCACCACCACCACUACCACCACCACCACCAGCAUGAUCAUCAGCAGUAGCAGCUUCACCACCACCACCACCAUCGUCAUCAACAUUAGGGAGCUUAAGCAACAACGACGGUGAUGGCUACGAAAACGUCACUCAAAAAGUGACGGCAAAGAAAUGCACAAAAAAGCGUGAUGCACGUGCAGAGUUGUUGUUUUGCCAAUCUAAACCUUUACUUUUUUGCCGCGCACGUUGACGUCGCCGAUGUCUUUGCUUAGCUCCCUGUUAUCACCACCACUCCUACCACCAUCACCAUCAUCAUCAUCAUAAUCAUCAUAUUUAUUAUCAUCAUCGUCACACAUAUGAAUCAGUAACGUGUUUAACUUUGUCACGUCUUUAUUUGUUGAUUUAACGAUCACGAUAACGGUAGACACACACUUAGUUUACUCAGAAUCAUAUUUUAUAGUAUUUCAAACACAUAAAGCACUGUUUCUUGCACAAACACUACAAGGCUGGUAAACCUGUGGCUUCCUCUUUCCUCACCAGGAGCGUUUCUAAUAAAUCGAUUGCCUGACAGUUCAUGUGUCGCUUCCAAAUUUGACUUGACCUGUGGUAUUAAAUGCAAAUUCAUGUGGGACGGCUUUGGUCGUUGGCUUGGAAAAAACUGGAAACCUUAUCUUACUGGUAAAUUUCUUUUUAACUGUCGGUCUUGUAUAUAAAAGUUUUUAAAGCUAAUUUAACCAUUGUCUCACUUUUACUAAUUAAUUCGUAGAUCUGCUGAUUUUGAAAUAAGGCUCCGCACCCAAAUAUCUAUAAGAAUGAAUACAUCCCAUCGUUCUUUUAGACCUUGCAAUAAAGAAAAGGGUCACCUGACCAAAUUUUCAAAUACCAGCUACCUUCUUUAUUUCAAGCUUAGCCUUCAUUAAUGUUUAUAUGGACUGUUGUUUUAUUUUUUUAAAAGAACCAUCAAAUCGUCCAUCGUCCAAGAAAUCAGUUACCCUCGCAAGCUGGACACCUUGUGGAUAUACGGGGAUUCACAGGCUGAGAGACUGCACCUGUCAAUAGAGGGUGGACCGCUAUGCACAAAGAUCUUCAAAUCUUGCAACAUAAGUAAAAUGUGGGUUUAUCCUUACACCAGUCAGGUUCCACCCUGGGACAACAAAGACUACGAUGACAAAUUAAUCCUUGACGAUCUAAGAAAAGUACUGGAGAGACCGGAGAUGAACGAGAAUAGCGUUUUGAUUUUAAAUCUAGGAUUACAUUACAUGGAGAGCAUUAGUCUAAAGAAUUACCAAAACCUCUUGGACAAAGUUGUUGAUUUACUGAACGAAAGGGACAGCACGACUGGUGAACUGAGACACAAAUCACGAGUAAUAUGGAAAACCAGCACUUCUUUAAGCAAGGAAAAGGACACUGGCGGUCAGCUGAAGAGCGAUCGCCGAAGAUUUUUAACAUUGCCGGUGAGUAAAAAUACCUUGAAAGCAAGUACAACAUCUAUAACGACUACCACAUUAAGUAAUUUUUUUCUGCGGAAAUUAUUAUUGUGAUCAGAGUGAGUGAGUGGAGUAGAGUGAUUUUAAAUGUAUCUGGAAAAAUAUUAAUGUGAUUCUGACACAACCGAUGCGCAAAAGAAGGCAGCAUAACGGCUGGAUUUGUAAUCCGGGGGCCGGAGUGCAAGUCACGCCCUGACCGCCAGCUGUCGUAUUUACCCUUGACCGUUACGGUUUGGAAUAAUCCCCCUCAUUCUAUUAAGCAUGCUACUUGUGCUCAACAGUUUAAAAGCUUUCUACAUACUUACCAUAAGACCCGGCUAAGUUUCUUUCGGUCGCCAUAGUUACACCUGAAGCACACUCUUUCUGCGCACACCCUUUUUUUUCUUUAUAUACGUUUUUUUGUCCGAUUUUAGUAUUUUCGUCUCAUAGUUUUAAACAUUGUGGGAGUUGAAGGUCAGUUGGGGCUCCUGUCCUGUUUUCAUCUCAUGUCAGCGUGUUGUGCUGCUGUCUAUUUGUAAUUUUCUUCCUUUACAAAUAUCUAUAAACUAAACCAAACAAACUGGUUUAUUCUUACCCUCCCGGUUCCCCACACCAUAUUACUAACAAACGAAAAGGCAUCUAAGUCGACGUCUAGUAUUUUUCAUUGUAUAUAAAUUAUAUUUAUUUUAAUGGUAUUGUAUAAAUUUGAAGCAUAUUAACUCUUUCUGACACGUGCCAAUCAUACACGCGAACAAACACUUGACGAUCGACGAAGAUUCAUUGAAAUCACUAACAGGUUGUUCUCUUUCAGCGGGUGAAUCUCUACAACUCCUACGCGACGUCCCUAAUGUGCCGUACUGGGUUAGAGGUCCUUGAUGUGUACCCCUUCACGAGUUCCUACCCAGAAGGUACCGGGGGCCCUGAAGUGGCUUAUUAUAAGGAACACGACAUUGUUCAUUUCAAGUUUCAUGUUAUGAAAACUAUUGACCUGUUUAUAGAAGAUUACUUUCGCGGCCAAGUUGUGCUUCCCAUUAGUCUAAGGAACUACGUGUUUUCUUGAACUAGAGCAAUUUUCAAUUGAGUGUUGAAAGUAAUCCACGAUUGAAUUGGUUUUGCUUUACUGUGCUGUUUGAUUGGUUUAGAAAACUCGCGCCACCCUCUCAGCCAAUCAGAUGUAAACUAAAACCAAUCGCUCCUUGGUCACUCGCGUUUUCCCGCGCUACAGGCCGGUUACACGCGUUUACUUCGAGUUGUCCUUGGCUCCCUCUGAUAAUUUCCUUUACUCUGAUUGGCCGUUGUGAUUACUUUGGUUUUGGUUUUCGACACUCAAUUGAAAAGCGCUCUAUUCUGCUGGCUGCCAAACUUGUAGAGUACAUACAUUAUCCGUCCAAGGACAGAACCUUGAGGUACACCGCAACUGCCAAACCAUCUUUAUUGUUGCCUGUGGACCGAGUUUCCCAUCGGUCUGAAUGUUAUUUACUCUACAAUGAAUUCUGGAUGGGAUUUAACGAUAGCUCAAAAUUAGCCUUUUUAGGCUCUCAGUUAGUUGGGAUAAGGGGAGAGAAUUUUAGCAAGUUGGAAAGCGGAAAAAAGAGCCCUCGUCCGUCUCUUUCUUUCGCUCGUUUUUCUUUCGCUAGUGCCUACUUACCGAAAUAAACUGGAACAGCCCAGCUGAGAAUUGACCAAAAUUGUAUUUUAAAACUGUUGGCUGUAUAAAAGGUUUUUGACAGUUUUUAAAAAAGUUCAAUAUUUAAGAUCCGACUAACAAAAGUGUAGAAAUGGUCCGGUGUUUAGCUAAAAGCCGUGAAAUUACUGAAACUUUAAAAGGAGUGGUGACGAUUCCGUUUUUCGUAAGCAAGGCCUAUUUGCACAUGAAACAGUAUGAAUUAUUAACCGCUCCGGUCAAAUUAACAAUGUUUCAACCCAGCUGAGACAUCUACUCUACAUGCAGGCUCCACUCAGCAGAGCAUGUUUUAUGCAGUUUAUAAUUUUUUUAAGCAUGUUGUUUUUGCCUACAACACUAAGUAAACAAGUGUCUGAUAAAACGGUAGAGUUUGUCAAUCAUGGCUUAAUUCAGUUCUGUCAAAGGGAAGUUUUUUUAGCUUUUUGUGCCGAAAACUCCCUCUUUGCAAUAAACACACAGUAAAUGGCAGCCAUCUUUUCUUUGACGAAACGAUUACGUCAUUCCUGUGCAGGGUAGUUGAUAUCCGUCGUUUCCGAUCUCUUGGUGACAUUUCAAUUACCAUGACAUAAUGUGCUCUGUAAAUUAAUAGACUAAAAAACUGAAAAAAGGCUUAAUAAUAAUAGUUUGAGUUACAAAAUGCAGUUAUCAUCUCCUACAUGUACAAUAGCUUGUCGAUUCCUUUCUACACCGAUUCUGAAAUGUUCUUAUUUUGCGGACUAAAUAAAUUGAUCAAUAGAAUCAAUAUAUUGGUUUUUACAGCCCUUUCUGAAUCAAUAUUUUUUUUAUAAUAGCAUAACUGUCUUAAAGAGGUGUAACGUUUAAUCCAACCGAAAUUAAAAAUAUAAUAUAUUCACCUCUUUAACGUGAAACAAUACACACAACAAAAGUCCGACCCAGAAUUAAAAGCCAUCUUGAUGCCACAAUGUAUUCAUUAAACAGAAAAUAAAGAGAUCUACUUCCAAUUUCCGACUUUCAAAUGAAAAUGUGUCUAGAUGCUAAAGUUGGGUCAUAAUCGAAUGGCAAUCGUGUAUUCUUUACGACAUCAGUUAAAAAGAUUCAUAUCCUGCGGUUGUGUCGUCAAACCAGAAAUCGAAUGUAAAACAAAUAUAAAUGGCAGAAAAUGUAUUUACGCUACACUACUGAAGCAGGUGAAUGUGUUUUACUGUCAGCCUCUUUGUUUUAUAAGCUAUUGAAAACAUCUCCAUUAGCCGGUCGGUUUUUUUUUCUUCCAGCCGAGUUUCGGUACAGUUCCCUAUCUUCUCUGAUUCGACAUCAGAACUGUUAACGGAGCUGUCUCCAGUUACGUUGUUAGCUGUCAUUUUAACUUUAACUGUUGUGCUUUGUUAGAGGUGUUGAAUCAGUGUUAUCUGCACAUCAAGGCAAUGCAAAUGACUUCGGCCUCAACCGACACCGUUAGCAAGAACACAAGUCAAGUAAAGCAGGCCGGGAUGACUUCUUUCCAUGUGAUUGCCGCUCCUUCAAUCAUUCUUAUCGUUGCCAUAUUAUUUGGCAAUUCUCUAGUCAUUGCCUCCUACAAGAUUAACAGAAGGCUGAAAACUCGGACAAACGCAUUUCUGGUUAGUUUAGCCGUCUCGGAUUUUCUGGUUGGCAGCAUAUCUCUACCUAUGUGCAUUUAUGGGAUCACAUCGGAGCCGUGGAACGUUUCUAUCGCUUUCAACGCCGUUUUCAAAAGUUUUGACGUCUUUGCUGCUCUCGCAUCUAUUUUUCACCUGACGGCAAUAAGCAUGGAACGUUACAUCGCAGUUUCGCGGCCGUUUUAUUACAAACGCUUGCCGUCUCUCUUUCAGCGGGUAUUAAUAACGACAGCCUGGUCUGCCGCCUGCUUUCUCGCACUGUUAUCUAACUUUACUCUUCUGGAAAACAGCUGGAGUAGUCAAUGCUACUCUCUGGUUUUGUUUAUCUGCGGCUUAGUCGUACCCACCACAAUCAUCGCGCGCAUGUACAUUGGUGUGUUUUCAGUUGCGCGAUCUCUCCAACAACGUAACCCAUCUCAUACUACGACAAAGCAAAGCGAUGGAAGUUUGAAGCGAUAUUAUCAAGGGGAGAAAAAAGUCGCCAUCACCGUUGCGCUUAUAACAGUCUUAUUCAUCGCUGCAUGGCUGCCAUUCUUCGCUGUGUCAGUCACAGCUGCUUUUUGCGUCCAUUGCCUUUCUUCUUCCCCAGACUCCCUCUACAGAAUCAUCGUCAUAGUGAAGAGUGUGCAUUACAUGAACAGCGCCGUCAACCCACUCGUGUAUGCGCGCCGUGAUCGUGAAAUGAGACAAACAUUUUUAAGACUCCUCGGGUUACACAGCGGUACUAGUCGAUUUUCAUUCGAAAAAAGUAGCCCAGAAGCAUUGGCUAUGCGUACGAUUUAA